AUGCAGUCGUAUCUCGUCGGUCUAUGCCCAGACUCCGAUUGCGAAGACGGCCACGAGUUCGACACUGACAUUAAUUGUGAGCUGCUGCGCAAGUUGAACGUUGAGAAUCCCACGCCACAGAAUCUGAAGAAGUUGCUCAAACAGGACACUAUCGCUCCUCAUCUUUGCGAGGAAUACAACCUGGAUAAAUGUGGCAAAGGUGCUUAUCGAUGCGUCAAGAUGCAUAUUUGUGCGGACUUCAUUCUCGGAACCUGCAUGGGAUGCAAACUGAACCACAAUGUCAUGGAUCCUCAGUGCAAGAAAUUGCUCGAGCAGGCACAUGGACCACGGAGAUGGCAUAAGUUGUCGCUAGCUGAAGAAAUAAAGCAGCAGUGCAACAUAUCGUCUGGAAUUAUUGAUCUCCCCCUGGUCAAUGUGAUGGAAUCCAAAGAACGUCGAUUGAGGAAGUAUGAAAUAGGCAACAAGAACCUUGGGGCUGGACCCACGAAAGUACUCAUGAUUGUUGGGGCCACUGGUGCCGGAAAGAGUACACUCAUCAACGGCAUUGCCAAUUUCGUAUUCGGAGUGAGAUGGGAGAACGAUUUCCGUUUCAAAUUGGUCGCAGACGAAGGCAGUAGGAAGUCUCAAGCUCACAGUCAGACAAAAUGGAUUACUGCUUACGACUUGCACAAGCAAGAAGGAUUCGCUCUCCCAUACGGCUUGACCGUUAUCGACACGCCUGGAUUCGGCGACACAGAUGGAAUACAUGCGGAUGAGGAGUUAAGGAAUCAGAUUCGGGCUUUCUUCUCUCACGGGGAAGAUUUCGGGGUGGAUCAGCUAGACGGCAUAUGCUUUGUUGUUCAAUCUGCUAUGGCAAGACUGACAGCCACUCAACAAUAUAUAUUCGAUUCCAUUUUGUCCGUGUUCGGGAAAGAUGUAAAUGACAACAUAUAUGUAUUCGUAACUUUUGCCGACAGUAAAAAACCUCCUGCAUUAGAGGCUAUCGAGUAUGCCAAAAUUCCUUACAAAGAUCAUUUCAAGUUUAAUAACGCAGCUCUCUUCCCAGAGCCCGGAAAGGCAGCCGAAUUAAUUGAUAAGUCUUACUGGGAUAUGAGCUCCCAAAGCUUCAAAAAGUUCUUCAAGAAGUUUAAUAAAACCAAAGCCGUGAGCUUGACUCUGACGAAGGAAGUGCUGAAAGAGAGGAAAACGCUGGCCGCAGUUCUCCAAGGCAUUCAACCGCAGAUUUUCGCUGCAUUGGGAAGACUGGAACACCUGAGGCAAGAGCAUACAACGUUGAGGCAGCACGAAGCGGACCUGCAAGCCAACAAGCAGUUCGAAUAUAAAGUGAAGAUCCUGAAGCAGGAGAAGGUGGACCUGAAGGAGGAGUUUGUCACGAACUGCUUGACAUGCAACUACACUUGCCACUAUCCUUGCACUGUCUCGGACGACAAUUUGAAGGGAGACUGCCAUGUUGUAGACUAUCAAACAGGUCGGUGUUUGGUCUGUCCUAAUAAAUGUUCUUGGAGGAAGCAUGUCAACAACACAUAUCGUUUUGACUUGAAAGAAGAAGAGAUUACACAGACCUCAGAUGAGUUGAAAGCGAAGUAUGAACAAGCUGCAGGGAAGAAGCUCAAUGCUCAAGGAAUAAUGAAGGAACUCAUGAAUAAAUUCAAUGAAGAAAGGGCAGAAGUUCUGAACCUCACCAAGGUGGCACACCGCUGCUUGCAGAGACUCGAAGAAAUAGCUCUGAAACCAGAUCCAUUGGGGGUCACUGCUUACAUUGACCUGCUCAUAGAGUCAGAGAGACGAGAAGCCCGACCUGGGUUCUCCCAGAGGAUGCGGUACCUGGAAGACACUCGAGCCAAGGCGGAACUGGCGACGAAGUUGAAGGACGAUUUCGACCCUUUCAAGGAAUACAUGAAGGAGUUUGAGCAAGAGAACUUCAAUAUCUCUUUGUUCGACCCCGAUCCUGAAGAUACAGAUAAUUCUGAAACAGAAUCGCCAUCGCAUGCAGGAGAAAUUUCGACAACCUCAUUGCAUGAGUCAGGAGAGUCAUCGCAAACGGUUCUGGAAUGA